AUGGACGAAGGGAUACGGCGAUCUUCGCGAAGUAACAAGGGCACCAACAAGUUUUUACAGAGCCAAAGGUUGGCUGAACUGGAAUAUGUCAAGACGAGAGAUGAAUAUAACCAAAAUGGCGAGCCUAAGGAUGUUGUUAAGUGUCUUCCUUGCGGUACGAACGACGAAAAUUACGACGAGAAUACUGAUCCUUAUGGAGAUAUGAUUCAGUGCGAUACUUGUGACACUUGGCAGCACAUCAAAUGCAUGACUGGAAAGGAAAGUGCUGAGGAUUUGGGGACGUACAAUUGCAGUGUGUGCUCCCCGUCAUCAUUUCCUAGUUUAAAGCCCGCUACCAUGGCAAGCGCAGUGAACACUGUGAAUAGAAAUAAGAGACUUAGUUUUGAGGAGCAGGGUGGAGACGAGUAUGCCGCAGACGAUUUGCAAAGCACACAACACAGGAAUGAUGAAGAUCUAGACGAGAUACCUGCAAAGCGCAAGAAGCGCAGCGUAUCUACCAAAAGGGGAGAAAGGUUUGAAAGCGAUCAGAACAAACUCCGAGAUUCUGCGAUGGGGAUGUUUGAAGAACUAUUUGUGAAGUACGUUAUUCCAGAUACUAUCGCUGCUGACACCUUCAAACUGCCUUCUGAAGCAUCAGCAGAUGAACUUUCGAGAAGAUUGGCACAGGAACUGGAAAGGGAAUUGUACCGAGCAAAUGAAAAUCGGGACACUAGUAAAGUGAGCGACUUGUACAAAGAGAAAGUAAGGGUCCUUUACUCCAACUUGAAGGACAAGAAGAACAUCAAUAUGAAGUCGCUUGUGGUAAAUGAGGCUUUGCCUUUCAGCAAGCUUGUGAUGAUGCCGGUGAAUGAACUUAUAAAUCCUGACCUCCAACAAUUUAGAGAAAGAGUAGGCAGUCAAGCUUUAAAUCAGCUCAUUGUUGAGCUGCCACACAAGCCGAGGUACUUUAAAACCCAUAAAGGAGAUGAACUUAUUGAAGAUCCUAAUUCUUUCGAACCCGAGGAUAUCAUUUUCAGCAAGGACAACAUUGCUGCAAAAUUGGACGAGGAAGGUUCUAAAGAGGAAGGUGUUUCGGCGCAUUCUGACAAGCCAGUAGGGACAACUAUAAAUGGUGCUUCUGGCGUACAAAGGGCGACAAAGGACUCAAGUCAAAGCCCACAUUUAGAUGCGGGCCGGAAGUGCAGUAUCGAGUACAAAGAAAUCAAUGUAAAGUUUUUCGGUGUCCUCAAGUAUGUUGGUUCCUCUGCGGAUGUCGAUAAGAAGGUGCGAAUCGAUGCAACCGGGGACAACAUCUUUGUUGUAGAAGGUCGCUUAAAAGAGAACGAUGCCCAAGAGUACAUUCAGCAGAUGUCAACCAGCAGAACCUUUAUUGCAUACGCGUUGAGGCCGCAUGGUAAUGCAGAAGACUUCCAGCGUUUUGAAGAGCUUUUCGAAUUUUUGCACAGCAGACAGCGAUAUGGUGCGUUAGAGGCCAAGAAACCUUUUGUACGACACGUCUACGUGGUUCCAUGCUCCGGGGAAGUUAAACCAGAUAUUUUGAAGUACAUUAAAAGUGAAGAAGCUGAGUUGCUGUCAGGUAAGGCACUGAUGAUUGUAGCAAUUAUCCGUCCUGAAAUGGUAGCCGUUACUUAA